GAGGACCAAAACGCACAAACCUACGUCAUGCCACCCAGGGACUGAGGGGGGCUCCGGUGGACUUGGUACAGAAAGCAAGUGUGUUGAAAAGUUGUCUAAUUCCAAGAAUACACAUGAAACCCUCAAGCUAAUAAGGCUUUCUCAGUCGAAACACGCAAUGUGUCAGCAACUCGCACCCAGCGACUAGCAAGACAGCAGCAAGGCAUUAACACAAGUCGAGUCUUAUACGGUCGGGUGUGAGAGCCAGAAGAGGCCAUGAGGAGAGUCCGGAGGAAAGCGGCCAACAAGGAGAAGGUGUUUGGUUGUGAUCUUCUGGAGCACCUGAACACCUCCAGCCAGGAUGUUCCUCAGGUGUUACGUUGCUGCACCGAAUUUGUUGAGCUGCACGGCAUCGUGGACGGGAUCUACAGGUUGUCCGGCGUUUCUUCCAACAUUCAGAAGCUCAGGAGCGAGUUCGAGAGCGACGGGAUCCCCGACCUCAACAAGGAAGUGUACCUGCAGGACAUCCACUGCGUCAGCUCAUUGUGCAAAGCUUAUUUCCGAGAGCUGCCCAACCCGCUGCUGACCUACCAGCUUUACGACAAGUUUGCUGAGGCUGUGGCUGUCCAGCUGGAGGAGGAGCGUCUGGUAAAAAUUAGAGAUGUCCUGAAAGAACUUCCAGCGCCGCAUUACAGGACUCUCGAGUUUCUGAUGUGCCACCUUGUCAAAAUGGCCUCGUACUCGCCUGAGACCAACAUGCAUGCCAGGAACCUGGCCAUCGUCUGGGCGCCCAAUCUGCUCAGGUCAAAGGACAUCGAGGUGUCUGGCUUCAAUGGCACUGCCGCCUUUAUGGAGGUCAGGAUCCAGUCCAUCGUGGUGGAGUUCAUCCUCACGCAUGUUCCUCAGCUGUUUCCCGAACCAGGCGUAUCAUGCAACAGGAGGAAAUCCCUUCCCUCCCCAGGGGCCAUCAUCUCCAGUCAGGAAGAACCCGCAUUCAAGUUUCAACCUCCCGUCAACUUUGGGAACAUCAGUCCAGGGGAUGGUCCUCUUCCAAUGAGACCUUACCAUGCUAUCAUAGAAGGCGCUGACAAGAGGAAAGGCUCAUUCAAAGGAAGAAAGUGGAUGUCCAUCUUCAACAUCGGAAGUCGAUUCCAUGAUCCGAGAAGACGGCAUAAACACUCGGCCAAAGAAAAAGACAGACCGGUGUUGAGGCCGGCGAGAAGCAUGGACUCCCUCAGCAUCUCAUCAUAUUCAAAUGAAGCUUCUAGACGCCCUCUGCAAACAUCUAAUUCCACCAAAACGUCCUCCUUGGAGGCUGCCGUAUCUCCUAGUCUAAUUGGCCGAAGCGAAUAUGCUGUGACGUACCGCAGGGGAACGGGACUUGUAAGCGGGGGCACCCAAGGCACUUACACUGCUCUCGACCCUGAGGGUUCGCCAAGCACAGAAAUUGACAGCGUACUGUCCAAGUCACCGGGACUCGCCACAAGAGCAGGUCGAAGAGCAGCCAUGCACAUCACUGGGCCCAUCACAGUCACAGUCCCUCUCCAUAUCACCCCAAACUUGGCCUUGGGCGUGCUGCAUGGAGGCGGCAGUGACCGGGUUGUCCACCGUGGGAGGGAUACGGAAGGAGGAGAAAAGGCGGAGGUGAAGGAGGAAAGAGACCCAGUGGAGAGGAAGGACAGUGGACGAAUGGACUCAAAGAUGGAAGAAGUCGGGAAAGUUGAAGAGGACAAAGGAGUAACAAACAGGAAGGAAGUCUCAGAUGAAGAUGUAACUAUUUUACUUGACAAAGAAGAAGUGAACAAAAAGGAGAUAGAAGAUCAACGUGAGUCUAAAGAGGCUCGCACCAAAAGCCUGAGCGCCGAUGAGGACCCGUGUGAAUCCAACGAAACGCAAGUACGGCCAUCAGAUGAAGCAACUGAACACGAAGACAACAAUGUUCCCGAUUCUUCCAACAUCCUGGACUCCAAUGAGGUGGAGCAGGAUGACGACCAGGAGCUGUCGGGCUACGUUCAAAACAACUUUGAAUUUCUGGACCAAAUGGACUGCAGCAGCCUGGAUCACAUGGACGGCAGCGUUUCCUGUCAGAUUCCUCUCCACUUCCUGCCAGACUGUCCCUCUCGUGUCAAGGAAUUCUCAGUGGAACCUCCUGGACAUACCGAUAACGAAUAUGAACUCACGGAGCCCGUAUCCCAUCAUGCCGCAGGGGCAGACACAAGCCCGGGUCCUGAAUCAAGUGGUCAAAGCCAACUGAAGUCGCGCCGCCCGCUCUGUGUCGAUGCAACCGAUCGACAAGCAAAAUCUCUCAGCUUGCCUCCUGUGACCUCACGAGUGUUUGGACCAGACAAGUGCUGCUCUGACGACGACGACGCCACGGAUGACGACAUCGCCGAUGAUUACAGCAGCGAGGAAGAGGACAGCUUGCUCGUUAAAAGCCUCCCUCCGGAUUUCUUUUUGAACAAUCUGUGUGAUCUUGAACCGGACGGCGGCCAUCAGGCGGAUCAGCAGUGUGAAAGCAGACCAUUCCAUCCUGACUGCUCUACCAGGAACCAACCAGAUGAUGGAAACGAGGGCCGAGGGGACGUGGAAGAUGGACGGCAGAAAGAGGAGAUACCACAAAACCAAGAGAACAGUCAAAGGACAUCAACACAUGAAGAUCUCAGCAUGGUGGAAACUUGUCUGUGUCGAGAUGUAAAACCUCUCCCCUUCGAAGAACUGUUGCACCAAAAUGAGGAACUCUCAAAGAACGAGGACACAGCUGAGUUGAGCGUUACGGCGUGUGACGUACAGGAAGAUGAACGAGAAGAAGUCGUCGGUCAUCCUCAGGUCUCCAUCUCCUGUGGUGCUCAGAAAGAAACGUCUUCCUUAGAGGAGACCGAAGAUGUUUCUGUCGAAGCAGCCGAGGACUUUAAGGGGGACCAGGAUGCAGGAGAAGACAGAGAAGAAACAGAGUGCCCACUUGACACCAAAAGCAGCAUUCCAGAAGCUCUCACAACAGAGGAAGUCCAUUCAGAUAAGACGGAGCUGGACGAUACAAUCGAGAAAAUCUGGGAUGAAUUUGAGGAGAUCAUCUGUGAACUGAUCGAGGACGAAGAACGAAAGAUGGCUGCAAAAGAGGCUGGAGACCACGAGGAUGCUCGGGUUUCUGCCGAGAAGACGCUCAACUUUGAGGCAGAAGCAGCAAACGAGUCCAGCGUGGAAGCUGUGAAAGACGAGUUGGAGACAACAGGAAAUGACCUUGAGGAAAAGACCAACGUAGCAGAGGAGGGCGAUGACGACGUGGCGCCCGAAGACAACAAAUGCGGUCUUGAGGAAGCGACGCCAAGUCUCGCCGCCAUCAGCCGUGGUGACGUUCCACAGUCCAAAGAAGCUACGACGUUUGAAGAGCGAGGCGCCAGCCAAGGAGGAGUCGGACGGAAGCUGGUCAUCUCCAAAGCGCCGAGAGUUUACCAAGUCAAAGCCGUGCCGAUGGUCCCCCCGAAACCGCAACACUGCAAGCUAGCGGCCCUGAGCCUUCGACAGCAGCGAGAGAGGAGAGACGCCGAUGUUCCGGAUGACGACGCAAGGGCCAGGAAAGAGAGAGAGCACAGGCGGGACGGCGGUGACGUCGCCUCCAGCAGGGACUCCCUCCGGAGCAGCCCACUCAGCAUGUGCUUUGAUGAGGCCGUUGCCAUAGCAACCAUGCGGCGGGAAAAGGAGAAAGAGUGCGAGAGGGAAAGGCAGCGAGAAUGGGCAGGAGAAGUCCAGUGAACUUUAAAAGUAUUUUCUACCGCUUAUCCUCACGAGGGGGUGCUGGAGCCUAUCCCAGCUGUCUUUGGGUGAAAGGCGGGGUACACCCUGGACUGGUGGCCAGCCAAUCACAGGAACUUGUACAUAUGACAGCUUUUUUUUUUAUUAAAAAAAAGGCAUAAACGAGUAAAGUUAAUGAUAAGUACUUUGUAGGAAUCACAUUUAUUUUUACUAUAAUAUUUCUCAGCCAAGUAGUAGUAUGAUUGUUUCAGAGCAACGUGGAGGAACAUCACAUUCACACUUGCACAAUUCAACAUGUCCAAAAGGAGUACGAAGACCCUUACAGUACUUAAUAUAUACAUUUGACAAAAAGGAUACAGAGUAUAAAGUAAGUAUUCAUCACUGCUGGUACUAACAGUUAGCCUCAUGUCACUGAAUGUAAUUUAGAUUACAGUAAUACAAAUACAAAUGGUGUCAUUUUAACUAUUGAUACUUAGAGUAAUGCUGGAGAAUAUGAGAUGUGUACAUUUGUUUCUAUAUACGGGACAAUUCAGUUUGAGGGGACGUUGGCAACCCCUCCCUCCCUCGGGGGUUAAACCUCCCCCGUUUAAUAAGUUAACCCUUAAAAUAAUUUGUUAUUAAAUUGUUCUCACCAUGUCUCCCUGUGUCAUAUUUUGUCAAGAGUAGAGUACGUGUAGCAAUAUUUUGAUUGAUAGCUGAUGCAGUAAUGAAGAAAAGAAAAGGAAGUGGAAAAAAAAAAACUUUAAAAAAAAUAAAAAAAAAUAAAAAUAAAAAUUUAAAUGAGUAGAAAAAUGGGAAAGCAUAGCUUGUGCAGUAAUAAAGAAAAAUAAAAGAAUAUAUGCAAAAGUAAGAUUCUAGGUUUGUAGUAGCACAACAAGUAGUACACACUGCAUAGGCACUACAUACAGUAGUUAGUUACAGUAAGUUUUGUAAAGAAAUAAAACGAUCUAUGAGGUUUGUCAGAGAAGAUCCAGGACUGUUCAUGUUGAUCACAUUGUCCGUCAUCAUCCACUACCAGUUCUUGCCACUGGGACCAGACCAUCAACCAGUACGUCUACAAAGAGGUGAGGCUUGCGGCAGGACAACAUUUAGUAUUUGGGGGCCCCAAGGCAAACCUAGACAUUGGAGCAAGGGUGUACCUUUGCAUCCCGACACUGGCAAUCGAACAACUAGCUUGCCAACUCCGGUCACAAAUCAUCAGCUAACUCGACAUUAUCACAUACUACAGUAUUAAUUGUCCCUGUACCCUAGAAACCGCCCAUGAAUGAUACGGGAAAAGGCCCAAAUGAUACUGUGUCAAAGCCCAGGGCAGUGAUACUGAUAAAAUAUAGAGUUUAACCAUGUCCAGUAUCAGCCCCCGUAGCUGUCCACUCAGAGCGUGCUGCUCUGGUAUCGUGCCCGUGAAACAACCAAUCAGAGAACAGCGCACGAGCGUGAACACACACUAUAAAUAUUCCAGUGCUUCUCCAGUCACAAAAAAACCCAAACUUGAUUAAUGGAACUUUAAUUGUCAGACAUUGAUAAGAUAAGACUGUUGAUAAAAUAUUAUUGUUGAAAUAUUUUUGCAAUUAUUGUGUUUACACUGUUUAGAUAUAAUACAUGUAAUAAACUGAACAUUUUCUGGAAACAAAAUGGUCUUUUGAUUAAAUAGUACGUGAUAAUGAGCUCAUGAUUAAAUAGUAUGUGAUAAUAAGAUCAUCACAUGGGUUGUCUGGUAUCAGGCCCAGUAUCAUGCCCCCAAGUGUCAGUAUCAGCCAGAGACCGAAGGUCUGAUACCUGGCCUGAUACCAGACAAACCAAGUGAUAACCUAUAAAUAUAAGUAGUUACCUCUUUUUGGUCAGGGUGUUUACAUUACCGGAUGAUUUGACAUGCUACUUUUUGACUGGCAAAUGAAGUAAAGAAAAUACAAAUUUUAAGGCAAGAUCAUGCAUAUUUCUAUUAUAUUUUUAUUUUGGUGGGGGUCGUGACACCCCUAUCCCCUGUGCAAAUUAAGUAAUGGAAUGGAUUGAGUAAGGACCUCAAACAAUGCACAACGA